UUCGUGUCUUCCUCUGUGUGUUCCAUCGUGCUCAAAACACUCGCAACGAUGGCUCUCCGUGUUUUUGGUUUAAAUUUAAUAAAAACUAACAGAAAUCUAUUGCAAAAUGCGGCCAAAAUCAAUGGAGUAAACAGUGUGCAAGCUGUGGCAGGGGCUUCGUAUGCCACACAGGUGACUGUGGAGGCGACACCGGCAGCAGUGCAAAAACAGAAGGUUAGCAAGGCCAUGAAGGCAUAUUUGAAGCGAGCCAGCGAACACGAUGAAUUCAUGAAAACGCAGCAUCUGGAUUUUCAAAUUGGCAAGCGACACUUAGCCAACAUGAUGGGCGCGGACGCUGAGACAUUUACGCAAGAAGAUAUUGAUCAAGCUAUUGCCUACUUGUUUCCAUCUGGUCUAUACGAUAAACGUGCCCGUCCUGCAAUGCGGUCACCCGACGAAGUGUUUCCAGCACGCAAGGCUGCAGAAUUCGAUGAGACGGGUCGUCCCUUUCACAGCAUGUUCUACACAGGCAAGCCCAACUUCUUCCAGCUGCUGCACGACAUUGUAGCAGAAACCAACAACCUAAACGAUUUGGAAGAACGCAUGUUGCGACGUGGAAACAAACCUGACGAUAAUCAAAGAUUAGAAACAGCUGGUUUUCAGCUCCUGCCAAAAGAACAAUUGGAACGUUUGCUGGUGGAGCAGAUUGCGGACAUUGAAUACCAGAACUUCUGCAGCAGCAUGGACCGUUUGAUUGCCUCACCAUACGCCUACAAAAGUAAGGCAUUUAUCGAGCGCUUUCUGAAGCCGUUAAUGGAUCAAUCGAAGCAACUGGAAGUGCCCAAGCCCAAAAUCGAUGAACAGGGUCGUCAAUUUGUGACAACCUAUGAGUGCCUUCGCAAGACGGCGCGUGCUGAUGUCACAGUGCGACUGCCAGGCACAGGCAAGAUAACCAUUAAUGGCCAGGACAUUUCCUACUUCAGCAUGGAGCAGAGCAAAGAACAGUUACUUUUCCCCCUGAACUUUAGCGAUAUGUUGGGCAAAGUUGACGUGGAGGCCAAUGUGGAGGGCGGUGGUCCAUCCGGUCAAGCGGGUGCCAUUCGUUGGGGAAUUGCAAUGAGUUUGCGCAGCUUCGUUGAUCAAGAGAUGAUUGAGUCCAUGCGCUUGGCCGGUCUGCUGACACGUGACUAUCGCAGACGAGAACGCAAGAAGUUCGGACAGGAAGGCGCACGUCGCAAGUACACGUGGAAGAAGCGCUAAGCGGCAAAGAACAAAGCGGCCUUGCAUUUCUACUGUUCAAAUGUUCAAUAAAAAAA